UUGAUUUUCUUUUCCUCAGUGCCUUUACUCUCACGGAUUUUACCCUCCGACGCCUGCAAGAUCUACAAACAGGGCAUCAACAUCCGUUUGGACACUACACUGAUCGACUUCACCGAUAUGAAGUGUCAGCGAGGAGACCUGAGCUUCAUCUUCUGUGGAGACGCCGCUCCCUCCGAGUCCUUCGUGGUUCUGGACAACGAGCAGAAGGUUUAUCAGCGGAUUCAUCACGAGGAGUCAGAGAUGGAGACGGAGGAGGAGGUGGACAUCCUGAUGAGCAGCGACAUCUACUCCGCCACACUCUCCACCAAAUCCAUCACCUUCUCGCGCGCGCAGACCGGCUGGCUCUUCCGAGAGGACAAAACCGAGCGAGUGGGGAAUUUCUUGGCGGAUUUCUACAUGGUGAACGGCCUGGUUCUGGAGUCCAGGAAGAGACGCGAGCACCUGAGCGAGGAGGACAUCCUGAGGAACAAGGCCAUCAUGGAGAGCUUCAGCAAAGGAGGGAGUAUCAUCGAGCAGAGCUUUGAGCCGGUGAGGCGUCAGUCGCUGUCCGCUCCGUCUCCGAACACUAUCUCCUGGGAGGAGUACAUCACCGCCGAGACGGGAAAGGCUCCUCAUCUGGGCCGAGAGCUCGUGUGCAAAGAGAGCAAGAAGAACUUCAAAGCAACUGUAGCCAUGAGUCAGGACUUUCCUCUGAGCAUCGAGUCGCUGUUAAAUGUUUUGGAGGUCAUCGCACCCUUCAAGCACUUUAAUAAACUCAGAGAAUUUGUUCAGAUGAAACUUCCGCCUGGAUUUCCUGUCAAAUUAGACAUCCCUGUUUUCCCCACCAUCACUGCCACCGUGACCUUUCAGGAGUUCCGCUACGACGAGUUCGACGACUCCAUUUUUACGAUUCCCAACGACUACAAGGAGGAUCCCAGCCGCUUCCCAGACCUCUGAGCCCAUCUCCAUCUCCUCCCAUCCACAUCAGCAGACGGAGAGGUGUAGGAAACACUCGAUGUCAUGUGGACACAGAGGGAUCGUGCUGAAGUGAGUGAACCACUACAUGAUGAAGCUCUGGACUGAGCUCCUCACCAGAAACACGGAGCGCCGCUGCACAUCUCCUCUGUUACUGGCAGGAAUACGGCAUUAUAAAUUAUUACACAAGCCACGUUUUCAUAUAUAUCUUUGUUACAAACUUACAUACUUCACUUAAAGGAAACGUGCAUAUUUAGGAAAGAAGUGGAUGGCGAUUGUAUAUGAUUGGAAACCGGUCACAGAAAGCAAUGUAUAUGUCAUUUCUACAGACUUUCUUUGUGUAAAUACCACUUCCUUCUCCAGUUCUUUUGCUUGUUGCAUUAUGGGAAAUGGGCUUGUUCACUCUGUCCUUCACUGUGCUUUUGUUCGGAUCGUUUGCUUUCUAGCGUUUAUGGACCGGAUGUAAAUGUAGAAGAAAUGUUUCACUUUAUUUUCACCUUGAUAGAUGGAUGUAAAUACAUUCGGAUUUAAAGAUGUUUUCCAAUGUAG